GUUACCAUGAGAAUAAGGGUGCAGUAAGAAAUUCUGGAGUGAGCAGUGUGUUCUAUUCAUUCUCUUUACUGAGUGUUGCACAGGAUCUGAGCUCAAUGGCUGUGUUUCUUCUUUUGGCUGGAAUGGUAGUGGUGGGCUAUAUGAUUUUUCAUAAUAUCUUUGUCAAAGGGGCAGUAUGCAAGAGCAAUGUGAAACUGCAUGGGAAAACUGUAAUUGUAACAGGAAGUAACACAGGCAUAGGGAAGAUGACAGCGCUAGAUCUGGCCAGGAGAGGUGCCAGGGUCAUCCUGGCCUGCCGCAACAAACCGAGAGCUGAGGCUGCGCUCGCUGACAUCAAGAGGGAGAGUGGGAGCAAUGAGGUUGUGUUCAUGCAUCUGGAUCUGGGCAGUCUGAAGUCUGUUCGCUCCUUUGCUGAAACCUUCCUAAAGACUGAGCGCAGAUUGGACCUGCUCAUCAACAAUGCAGGUAUUUACAUGCAGGGCAGAACAGAAGACGGCUUGGGGAUGAUGUUUGGUGUCAACUACAUCGGUCACUUCCUGUUGACCAACCUGCUUCUGGACCGUCUGAAGGAGUGCGGUCCGAGUCGAGUGGUCAACGUGGCGUCCUUGGGCCAUAAUUUUGGCAAAAUUGAUUUCAACUGCUUGAGCACUCACAAGGAGUUAGGUGUUGGCGAGUCUGCCACGGACGUCUUUAACAUCUAUUGCAACAGCAAGCUGUGUAACGUUGUCUUCACCCAUGAGCUGGCCAAGAGACUGAAGGACACACAUGUUACCUGCUACAGCCUCCACCCUGGUAUAAUCAAAACUGAGCUGGGCCGUUACGCCAACUCUGCAUUUUUAAUGCUUUUGAAGCCCAUCUCAAUGUUGUUCUUCAAGAACUCUGUGGCGGGGUCUCAGACCACCCUGCACUGUGCCCUGCAGGAUGGCCUGGAGCCCCUCUCUGGAUGCUACUUCUCUAACUGUACAGUCAGGAACGUCUAUCCUAAGGCCAGAGAUGAUGCGGUGGCCAAGAAGCUAUGGGAAGUCAGUGAGAGUCUGUGUGGACUCCUGUGAAAGCCUCCCACUAACUCAAGCUCUCCUCAGUGUACAAGAUGAUUUUUUAAAUUUGAGUGGACUUGCCCUUUAAAUCAUUCAACUAUGUCAAAGAAAUUCUAAAAGUGCUUACUCCGUGUGAUUAGUAUAUAGGACUGAUCUUGUGCAUUAGCUUCUAAGUUCUUACCAUAGGUUACUUAGGGUGUUCCACUCUGCCCAAGUAGAUAUAUCUGGAACAUAAUUAAACGACCCACCCAAAACUGUGCAUGUUGGAAUGAAUUCAAUCAUGAAGUGGCAAAAAGGAUGAAGAAGCAUAGGCCUACUGGGCAAUUCAAGACUUAUGGAAAUAAAGUAUGUGUUCUUCAAUGAG